AUGGUUCCGACCACUCUCCUUCUGCUGCUGGUCAGCACGUUCUUCCAAGUCGUGUUUGCUGCCUACCAGAUAGUUCAAGACUACUCUGGCGACGCCUUCUGGCAAGGCUUCGAUUUCUUUACCGACCCUGAUCCGACGGAUGGACUCGUGCAAUUCCAGUCGCUCGAGGCCGCAAAUUCAAGCGGAAUAGCAGGGUUCAUCGACGGCGGCAAUGCCUCGUUUGCAAUCUACAUGGGCGUCGACACAGAAAAGGUGGCUCCUGAAGGUCGUGCGGCUGUGCGGGUCACAUCCUCAGAGUCCUUCCAACACGGGCUGGUCAUUGCAGAUAUUGUUCACAUGCCUGGGGGUGUCUGCGGCACAUGGCCAGCAUUCUGGAUGGUGGGAACUGACUGGCCGAAGAAUGGGGAGAUCGACAUCGUCGAGGGCGUCAAUGACCAACCCACGAACAGCAUGACCUUACAUACCAGCGAAGGACCUGUCAUCACCAACGGCACCGAUUUCUCUGGCCAAGUGAUAACCUCGAACUGCGACAUCAACGCCCCUGAUCAGCCAACGAAUGCCGGAUGUUCGAUUGGUGACAUUUCCAACUUGACUUUCGGUCCUGAAUUCAAUGAAGCAGGCGGCGGGGUGUUUGCGACCGAGUGGACGUCUGACUUCAUCAAGAUAUGGUUCUUCCCGAGAGGAUCAUUCCCCAGCGACAUCGUCAGCAGCAGUCCCAACCCAUCGGCAAAUUGGGGAGCUCCCAACUCUCUCUUCCAAGGCCAAUUCAACAUCGACGAUCACUUCAAGAAUCUUCAAAUCGUCUUCGAUACCACCUUUUGCGGACAGUGGGCUGGCGCAGUAUGGAACACUUCCAGCUGCGCGGCUUUGGCGCCCACCUGCGAGGAAUACGUCGCCAACAACCCAGCCGACUUCGCCGAUGCUUUCUGGGCGAUCAAUACCUUACAGGUCUUCCAAGAUGAUGGUGCAGGCAGCGUCAACCCGAACGCGAGUCCGGGGAAGGCAAAACGCGGAGUAUCCGGAACGCAAAUCUUGGCAGGGAAGGGGUCCCACUCGAGAUCUACAAAAAGCAUUUUGCCGAUCUACAUGUGA